GCGCGGCCGCUUCCGGAAGUGAACUUUACCUCCUCGGAAGCCAGGUGUUUGUUCUGUUGCGAGCUAGGGGCUGUAAUCCUCAGAAGUCGGCCCCCCAGAGUCUAGUGGGGAGGGCCUGGCUACCGCGAUGGCCGAGAGUCUGGACAUAUUCGACGCCAUCGUGAUGGCAGAUGAGAGGUUCCACGGAGAGGGGUACCAGGAAGGCUACGAAGAAGGCAGUAGUUUGGGUAUAAUUGAAGGAAGACAACAUGGUACCUUACAUGGAGCCAAAAUUGGAUCAGAGAUCGGGUGCUAUCAAGGUUUUGCUCUUGUAUGGAAGUGCCUCCUGCAUAGUUGUGCCAGUGAGAAAGACAGCAGGAAGAUGAAGGUCUUGGAGUCACUGAUUGGAAUGAUUCAGAAGUUCCCCUAUGAUGACCCUACUUAUGAUAAGCUCCAUGAAGACUUAGACAAAAUUAGAGGAAAAUUUAAGCAGUUUUGUUCGUUACUCAAUGUUCAGCCGGACUUUAAAAUUAGUGCGGAAGGUCCUGGACUUUCAUUCUGAACAUGACAGAUGAACAAAGACGAAACAUCAAGGAACAGAUGUCUGCAUAUUAAGUGUUGAAAAAUGUCAUUAAAGGCAAAACAAUGACAGGGUAUUCAUUGUUGUGGAGGGAGGGUCCCCGUUUGGCCUCGUUCCCUGAGGUUUUCUGCCUGGGUUGCUCCAGUGCUGUGAGCAGUGCUGUCCAGGGGAGCCCUCAGAUCCCUUGAGAGGUUGCUCACUGCUUGCUAUUUUAGAGUUGGUGGCUUCACUGACCUUUCAGCAAGGCAGGCCUGCUAGGUGCUACCCUGGGUAGGAUUAGGAUUACCGCAGGCCUGAGCUCAGGGGAAGUUGCUUUAAAAAAAAAAAAAAAAUGAGUUGAACUGGAUGUGGUGCUCCACACCAGUAAUUUCAAUCUUGGGGAGACAGAAGAAGAGGAUUGUUGUGAGUUCAAGGCCAGCCUUGAACUGAUACAGAGUGAUUAAGGGAUAAAGAGUGAGUUCAAAGUCAGCCUAAGCUACAUAGUGAGAUCCUAUCCCAAAAAAGAAAAAAAAAGGGUUAACUAGGUUUAGUGGUACACACCUGUAUUCCCAAUACUCUGGUAGGUUGAGGUAGGACAAUUAGAAGUUUGCCUGGUGCAAGGGCCUGAGUUCAAUCCUCGGUUCUGGG